UUGUCUGCGAAGCGGUGCACAAAACGGACGUGUAAACGGAAGCCGCGCGAAAACGGUUCGGAAAUCGGAAUUGCGCCUGUACACGACAGCGCAGCAGGCAGCACAUAGGAAAUCGAAUUGAAUUUAAAUCGAAUCGGAAUCCGAUUCCGAAUCGGCUAAAGCUCAACGACAGCGCGCUAACAAAUUGUGUUUCGUUCACAAGCCAACGGAUUAUCCACUAUCCAGCUAUAACACUAUCUAAAAACUCGCUGCACGCUGCGGCGCAUGCGCGACCUGUCUGUGUUGGUGGCAUACUUCUAAUAACAACCAGUGUUUCCUUUGUUCAAAAGUGCCUUGACUAGAGCAGCAGCAACAGCAGCAGCCCCACUUUGAUAUGGCUAAGUGGCAACGAGAGCAGCAGCAGUAGCAGCAAAACUGGAAAAGCCGCUAAAACCAGCAGUACCAGUCCAGAGGAAGCCAUCAUCAUGACGGCCAUGCCCGUGGUAUGGUGCACCGAUCCCAAUUCGGUGAACAACAAGCCCACGGCCUUCGCCCUGCACGGAAUCCAGCUGCAGGGCAAUGUUACCCAGAAGCAGGUCCACGCCCUCCGCGAGCUGGUAAACGCCGCCGCCGAGGGUCGCCUCAUCCUGCCCUCGGACGGCACCUUCACGCUGCUGGACAGCGGGCUCAGCAUCGAGAGCUCAAUCGUGGAGCAGGAGUCGGGCAGCUCGAUGCCCUCAGGUGCCAAUGGUGAGCCAGGUCAGCUGGCCCAGGCGAAGAGUGCCAAGAACACGUACAUCCUGAUGCCUGUGAGCAAGGCGGAGGGUUCUUCGAGGCAGGGAGGAGCAGCAGGAGGAGCAGGACCAUCGGGACAGGCGAUUGCAGCCGCUGCCGCCCAACUGGAGUUCCUGCUGGAGCCCAAGUACUCGCCCACGCCCCCCGAGGCCCACUCAGAUGAGGAGGCCAAUGCGGAGGAGGGUGAGGGUGGAGGAACAGAAGAGAUUCUGUACGAGUUCCUGUGCUGCGCCAAGUGCAUGAACGAGCAGCGCACUGGACCCACAUGCGCCGGGCGUCGCCUGCAGCGCUACUUGAGGACCUGCAGCAGUGGAAGUGGUGGCACCAGUGUCGGUGCCAGCGGCAGAAGCAGCGACUACGAGCCGGUCAACGACCCGGCUACGUGGCAACUGCAACUGGAUCCUGUCAGCAGCAUUGCCAGCAAGUACGCCCGCCGACAGCAGCGUCACAGGCAGCACGGCACCGUCUCCAUGGGCAUUGCACGUAAUCGCAGCCAUCGCCAUCACAAAUUACCCAUGCACAGUGUUAAAAUCUUUCAUAAUCGCAGCACUUACACGCCAGCAACUGCAACUACAGUGGCUACAGCAACAGGAGCGAUGCCAAUCGCUGUGGGCGGAGGCCGAGUGGUGUCGUCAGUACCGAUGACGCUGCCGAUUCCCAGUCCGAUUCCAAUUCCGAUUCCGAGCUCGAAUCCGAACCCAAAUCCGAAUUCCAAGCCCAGUCCAGCGAAUAGAGCGAGCGUUGGCAGUGAAGCGUUUAGUUUGUUAGCGACAGCGGCGCGAUCUACAUCUACAUCGGUGACAGAAACAACGACAUUGCUGUCUCAUCUGCCCCUCUACGCUGUGGUAAAUAAGAAUCGCGACUUGGCGAGCGGUGCCAAGACUGAGACUGAGUUAUCCGCAACAGCCAUGCUGGCCGUGGUGCCCGAGGAACCGUCGUCGUCACCAUCGUCGUCGUCGUCGUCAUCGUCGUCGCCACCAUCCACCAUAGAUGGACGCGAUCUGAUCAGCUUCGACGACGACCAGGCGCAAGUGGGUGUUGAGGCGGCCCCCACUGCUGUGGACCUGCUGAGCGCCCCCAACGAGGAGGACAUCCUGCUGGCCCUGCUGGAGACGCCGCCCGCCACUCCGCCCAAGCCCUGCUCGCCGGGCAGCAACAGCUCGAGCCGGAAGACCAGCUUCGACUCCACCAGCACCCUCAGCUCCAUGGACUCUGGCUUCAUGGAGAUGCAGAACAAACUGGAGGCCCUGGCAGCAGCAGCGGCGGCGGCUGUGGCUGUGGCAGUGGCCACAUCUUCUGGCUCUGGCGAAGCAACAGCAGCAACAUCGUCGUUGCCGAGUGGCGAGAAAAUCGAGCGACGCAACUACAAGGAAUGUCUGACGCAGUCGCGGAAUCGCCGAAAAUCCUACGAGGAGUUCAAAGCCAUGUUCGUUGAGGAGGCAACAGGGCCGAUGGCCAUGCCACCGACGGUGGCAACAGCGGCGGAUGACGCAACAGCAACAUCAGCAACAGCCAGCAGCAACACUGUGAUCCCACUUUCCUCCAUUUCAGAACAAGAAACCACAGGCAGCAAACCGGAUUGCGUAAACGAGUUUGCUGCCGCCGCCGCCGCCGCCAGUGCCGAUGAAAUGGAUACCGGCGACGGUGACAGCGAUGGUGAAAAAGGCGCUGCUGCCGAAGGCGAUCUAACAGCAACAACAACCGCAGCAGUAACAACACCUUUAGUCAGCAGCACCACCACAGAGGCGAUGCGAAAGAAUUCGGAUUUUCUAUCGCAGAUUCUCGAUCAUCAAUUUGCGGCCAAGGAGCGAGCCAAGGCGCACAAGCGUCGCACUUCGUACGAGGAAUUUAAGCGUCUGGUUAACGAAAUUGAGCCGCUGGAAUGCCCGGACACCCCGCCACUCGCCUCAUCUGUGGUCGCACCCACAGCAGCCGCAGCAUCAGCCGCAUUAGCAGCCGCAUCAGCAGCGGUAGCAACAUCGCCGCUAAAGCGUCAGAAUUCGCGGCAGCGUAAGAGCUUCGCCAGCUACUUUCUGCCGCGCCGGCACUCGACCAAAGAACAAAAGACUGACAAGGAGAAUGUACCGUCGCAGGAGCAGCAACAGCAGCAUCAGUUGGCGCUGUACAACAAGUUGCCAUCCUCUCGAGGCAGCGAUAGCUCCAGCACCCAAUGCAGACGCAAUUUCAAGAUCUACGACAAGUUGGUGUACGGCACCAUCUAUGACAUUAUCCAGCGCAAGAACGACAUCUACCAGAAGUACGACAAGUACAUGACCUACGGCACCAUCUAUGAGAUCCUGCACCGCAAAUCCUCUCAGGGUGGCGAACGCUGGCAGCGCAAGAGUCUCAGCUCGAUCCUGGAGGGCACUCGGUCCUCGGGCGACGUCAUCUACGACAUUGUCCAGAGGCGGGAGCGCGAGAGGCAGCGUCAGCAACGCAUUCUGGAGGCCACCACCUCGGCCACUGUAUCUGCGAUCAGUCCCCACAAAUACGGAACGAUCUACGACAUUUUGCAGGGCGAGAAACUGGAUGCAAGUCAUGUGAGCAGUAAACCCCAAGACCCCAAGCCACCACAGGUCAAGCCAACGCGAUUCGUGGUCAGCCAGGUGGAGGAGCCCGUUCAGACGGCACCAGCGGAUCAGCCGGAUGCGAGAGUCACGGAUCCGGGUGUCGCAAAGUCCAGCAAGCCGCACAAAAUGCGUCGCCUGUCGCACAUCCUUAACUACAGCCGAAACAGUGGCGAUGAUCAGCUGGAUGCAGCUGGAAAGGAGGAGGCCAAGCAGAAGCGCACCCAGGCCAAGCGGCGGAUCGGGGUAACCAACCUGCUGCUGCCACUGGACUCCGAGGAGCUCUAUACCCGCAUCAUAGCCCAGCAGCGGAGACUGGAAAAGGAGCGUGACCAGGAUCCAGAGGCGGAGAGUGGCAGCGACGCGGAAUUGUGUCCCCGCGUGACCGCGCUGACCAAGUCCAGCUCGCUGGAUGCCAUCUCGCUGUCGGUGGCCAUUUCGCCCGCAUCCUCGCCCUCACCCCCGCGUCCCCGUCGCAGCCUGAAGCAGCAUCGGUGCCUCCAGCAGCGCCAGCCAAUGCCGCUGGUCAAGAAGCACUCCCUGGACAACUGCCUUCAGAUGGUUUCGGCGGCGGCGGCGAUUCCCAGUCGCCAGCCGCUCCGUCGCUGGUCCAACCAGACGCCCCUGAAGUGCACAUGCCACCACCACGCCGCCGCCGAGGAACUUCCGCUGACCGCCAAUGAAAAAUCCCGCUCGCUGCCCACCGCCUGCUCCGCCCCCUGCCCCCAUACGUGUCCAAGCUCAAGUUCAAACGAUCACAGUGGCCCGGCCACAACAAAGUCCUUCGGCAAAUUAACAUCAACAUCGACAACGACGACGGCCAAGAAAGGCAAAUCGCGUCGACUUUCAGAAUUUACGCGCGGUGAAUUUUUAAAUGAAAAAUCUUGGUACUUCCGCAAAAUCAAACGCAUUGAGGCUGAGAAAAAACUUCUACUGCCAGAGAACGAGCACGGUGCAUUUUUAAUUCGAGAUUCCGAGAGCCGUCACAACGACUAUUCGCUAUCAGUGCGCGAUGGCGAUACGGUUAAGCACUAUCGCAUCAGACAAUUGGAUGAGGGCGGCUUCUUCAUUGCCAGACGCACGACCUUCAGAACCCUCCAGGAGCUGGUCGAACAUUAUUCCAAGGACUCCGAUGGCCUGUGCGUCAACCUCUGCAAGCCGUGUGUCCAGAUCGAGAAGCCCGUCACCGAGGGACUCUCACAUCGCACUCGCGAUCAGUGGGAGAUCGACAGAACGUCCCUCAAGUUCGUGCGCAAACUGGGCUCUGGACAGUUCGGUGAUGUCUGGGAGGGACUGUGGAACAACACGACACCUGUGGCCAUUAAAACUCUGAAAUCUGGCACAAUGGAUCCCAAGGACUUCCUGGCGGAAGCCCAGAUCAUGAAGAAACUGCGCCACACCAAGCUCAUACAGCUGUAUGCGGUCUGCACUGUGGAGGAGCCCAUCUACAUUAUCACAGAGUUGAUGAAGCACGGUUCACUGCUGGAAUAUCUCCAAGCCAUUGCAGGCAAGGGUCGUAGCCUCAAAAUGCAAACCCUGAUUGACAUGGCGGCGCAAAUAGCUGCUGGCAUGGCCUACCUGGAGUCCCAGAAUUACAUUCACAGAGAUUUGGCGGCACGCAAUGUGCUUGUUGGCGAUGGCAACAUCGUCAAGAUUGCCGACUUUGGCUUGGCCAGGCUCAUCAAGGAGGACGAGUACGAGGCUCGAGUGGGCGCACGCUUCCCCAUCAAAUGGACUGCUCCCGAGGCGGCCAACUACAGCAAAUUCUCAAUCAAAUCGGAUGUCUGGAGCUUCGGUAUUCUACUCACAGAGCUGGUCACAUACGGACGCAUACCAUAUCCAGGCAUGACCAACGCCGAGGUGCUGACGCAAGUGGAGCACGGAUACCGCAUGCCGCAGCCGCCCAACUGCGAGAUGCGCCUGUACGAGAUAAUGCUGGAGUGCUGGCACAAGGACCCGAUGCGCAGACCCACGUUCGAGACGCUCCAGUGGAAGCUGGAGGACUUCUACACAUCCGAUCAGAGCGACUACAAGGAGGCGCAGGCCUACUGAUAAAUGCUUCGCGGGGUCACGGACGCGGCCAGCAGCCGUGACGAGAAGCCAAACAGCUGCAAAUAAUCGCCGGGCAUCCCAAAACGGACAAUUCUUACUAAGUUACUUACAUGAGUUUUGCAUAGAUUUUCUACUGUUCAACCGCACACCCUGGGUGCUCUUGGGUGUGCUCGUCUAGGUGACUCCAUACGAUGAUACGAUUCAUGUUAUUAGCGUUUAAGCUAACAAAUAGUUGCUAAGGUGGAAUGCAAUUUCAAAGGACGUUCCAUUGGGACGUUCGUUUUUGUUGUUUAUUAUGACAAACAUAUUGAUUGUUGGUCGAAUUGAUGCGUUCUGACACCCUUGUCGUACUUUUCGGUUAGCAUAUCACAUGUAUUAUUAUUCAUAUAACGCAUAUAGCAUAUACAUACGCGCAUACACACUUAUAUAUAUAUACGAACACUUAUAUAUAGGAUAUACAAACGUAUAGUCAGAUGUAUGCCGAUGCCCCUCCAUUAUUCAAAUAUGCAAGCACACACACUUACCCACCCUGCCCUAUUUUUCUUUAGUUUAUAGGCCAAUCUGAGAACGAUAUUUGCAGCACACAAAUAUGAACGAAUGUUUCGCUUUUAGUUAAUUCAUUACAUACAUACGUGUCUUACCCAACUCUCACUCAACAUUAUCAACGACAUUAUAUGCUUUAUCACAAAUAGGAAAAGUAAAAAGCAACACAAACGCCAAUCAUCAAGUGCUAGCUAUACGCUAUACGCUACUUUGCCGCGCGCAACAGCAAAAAUCCAUAUGAUUAAUUUUUUUAGACUUUAAUUGUAAUUUGUAACCAUUUAAUAAUAUUCAGCUUAUGAUUAAAACACAUACACAUAUACGAAAACAUGUACAUUUAGAACCAAGAAAAUAAAUUUCUUCAUAAUUUAUAAAUCUAAAA